UGCACGAGAGGCCCUUCAGCCCAUCAAGUUUGUACCAGCCCCACAACCCUCAAUGUUAUGACACUUCAAGGUGCUCAUCCAAGUGUUUUUGUUUCAAAAGGGCAUUCAGAUGGGAUUGAGAAAUGAGGAGCAGAUGCCAAAUAUGGAACGAAAUCUGAAAGCCACGCAAUUCAACAGGACCUGAGUAUCUUGGUCUUUUGGUGCAUAAGAAGUCUUUUUUUGGUUUUAAAUAUCCAUAUGACUGGAAGGGCAUCAAGACACAAGCACUUGAAUGAGACUGCUCCCUUGUAAUGACUGGAAAUAACUUAAACCAGUGAUGCAGCCUGAAAAGAAUACUUUGCAUUUGUCACAGCUUAGGGAACCUGUGUGCACAUUCUGUGUGUGGACCCAGGGUUUCAAUUGAUUGUGCUAAGUGGAGGAACACAAGGACACUGGCAUCAUGGAAACACCAGAGAAAUUUGGGGACUGUGAGAAGAGAGUACUUACCUCUUAUGAGCUGGAUAUUUAUCAAACUGAUCACACUGGGGAGAAACCGUUAACCUGUUCAGUGUGUGACAAAGAGUUUGCUCAGUCAUCCAACCUGAUGUUACACCAGCGAGUUCACACUGGGGAGAGGCCAUUUACCUGCUCCGUGUGCAGGAAGGGAUUUUCACAGUCAUCCAGCCUGCAGACACACCAGCGCGUUCACACUGGGGAGAAGCCGUUCACCUGCUCAGUGUGUGGGAAGAGAUUCACUAAUUCAUCCAACUUACUCCUACACCAGCGAGUUCACACUGGAGAGAGACCGUUCACCUGCUCCGUGUGUGGGAAGGGAUUCACUCAGUCAUCCAGCCUGCUGACACACCGGCGCCUUCAUACUGGGGAGAGGCCAUUCAUUUGCUCGGUGUGUGGGAAGGGAUUCACUAAUUCAUCCAACCUUAUGACUCACCAACGAGUUCACACAGGGGAGAGGCCGUUCACCUGCCCUGUGUGUGGGAAGGGAUUCACUCAGUCAUCCAGCCUGAUGACUCACCGGCGCGUUCACACUGGGGAAAGGCCAUUCAUCUGCUCCGUGUGUGGGAAGCGAUUCAGAAAUUCAUCCAAUCUGCUGACUCACCAGCGCGUUCAUACUGGGGAAAGGCCAUUCACUUGCCCCGUGUGUGGGAAAGGAUUCACUCAGUCAUCUAGUUUACUGACACAUCAGAGGGUACACAAUGGGCAGAGGUUGUUCAGGUGCAUUGUGUGAAGGGGUUCACUCGAUUCUUCUGCUGAAAUAUUGGCUGGUUUGCAAGUGACUGCAAGAGUUGGAAAUGUUUGUUGCUGGUACUGUUAAAGACAAAUGGAAUAAUUUGCAAUUACUCUGAAAGUUUGGAUUUCUGCUGGUGUUAAGAAUUCCUAUGCCGUGUAACUUAUGCAAUUCAUAAUGCUUUGGUUUUCUGGCUUUUAGAAUUUACUGAAUUAUGGAAUAAUUUUGGAACAUACAACCACAAGUGAAUGGACCAGUAAGCACUAGUACAAAUCUUUACCUGAAACACAAAAUAGGUAAUACUUUAUGAAGUGAAUAAUUAUCCAGAAGAUAUUUCCACUCCCUAGAUAUUGUAUGAAAUUAUGCUAGAAAUUGCUGCUCCAAAUAUAUCCACCUGAUUGGUGUUUCUGAACAUUAACCAGGAAGGUUAUGACAUAAUUGGGCUGGAAUACAGUACAAAUUUUACAUUUCUGUGAAAUUUCACAACACAUCUAAUGUUCAGCUUUGAAAGAGGGAAGUAGAUGAAUAGUGGAAGGAGAGAAGUAUCCUGGGAGAUUGGAAGACAGUGUAUGUAAGUAAAUAACUGGAUUUUCUAAAAGAAGCGGUACCAAAUGACUAAUCUUAAUUUGAUUAAUAGACAUGGAAUAAAACGGUAGUCUCUGUAAUGGUGGCCCCAAAACUAUAGUCGAUUGUAAAAACCUUCCUGAUUCACUAAUGCUCAUUAGGGAAGGAAAUCUCUCAAUAUUACCCAGUUUGGCCUACACCUAAGUUGGCCACAUUAUGGAUAUGGAUUGAACUGUCCUCUGAAAUGGCUCAGUGAGUUACUCAGUUGCAAGGCUAUCAGGUAUGGACAACAAAUGCUGGCUUGCCAAUGAUCUGACGAAAGGGUAAAAGGAAGUGAGAAAUUGCUGUAAAGUAAGUAAGAUUGAUUUUAUUUUCCUGAGGGCUGUCAAAUCAAAAGGAAAACUAUCUUGUUUAAUUUACUUGAUAACUGCAAGCAGCGCCAGAUUUCAAAUGGGUUCAGUUCUGGUGUUUGCUGAUGAGUUUAUUUGUACUCGAGUCAGACCACAAUGGGGAUGGUCAUCUUCAUUUCAGACAAAUGAGCCAACACCACUUGUCUCAUUUGUAAUGGUUUGUUUUCUGAUAUGGUGCAUCCCACCAAGCUCCAUGGCCACAGACAGCAUGAACGUUGCAAACCUUUUUUUAGUGCCUUUCCAAGAAUUGGCACAAUGUCACAAAACAGACUUGACAGGUAAUUGCAGCAACAUCUCUGAUAACAUAUUCCCGCAUUGUCAGAUUCCAAAUUACCUGCAAGAGAGAGACAGAACAUGCGAUUGAAAGAACUGCAUAGAUAUUGAUAGAUUUACUGAAUCUUAAAAGAGUAUCUUCUCUCUCAAACUGUCUAUCUAUCUCACUGUCUCACACUCUGUCCAUCUCUUGCACUAUCUAUCUCGCUGUCCCCUUUCUAUCUCACUCUUUCUCCAUCUCACAUACUCUAUCUCACACUGUCUCUCCAUCUCUCAUUCUCUCCAUCUCUAACUCUAUCUCUCUUUCUGCAUCUCUUGUUUUCUCUCUCUCAACUCUGUCUCUCACUCUCCAUCUCAUUUUGUCUGUAUCUCAUUCUCUUUUUAUCUGUGUCACACUCUCCAUCGCUUACUCUCUCACAUUCUCUCUCUUCACCUUUUACUUACUCGCUUUCUCUCUCAAUCUCUUACUCAUAGAGUCAUAGUGUCAUACAGCAUGAAAACAGACCCUUUGGUCCAACCAGUCUAUGCCGACCAUAAUCCAAACUAAACUAGUCCUACCUGCCUGCGUUUGACCCAUAUCCCUCCAAACAUUUCUUCGUCAUGUACUUAACCAAAUGCCUUUUAAACUUUGUAACUGUACCUACAUCCACCACUUCCUCUGGCAAUUCAUUCCACGCAUGGCUAUUCUGUGUGUAAGAAAUAUUGCCCUAUGUCUUUUUAAAUUCUUUUUCCUCUCACUCAAAAUAUGCUCGCUAGUCUUGAAAUCUCCCAUCCUCGGGAAAAGGCACCUGCCUUAUCUCUCUUCCCCAUGAUUUUAUAAACCUCUAUAAGGUUACCCCUCAACAUCCAAUGAUUCAGUUAAAAUGUCCCAGCCUCUCGUUAUAACUUAAACCCUCUAUUCUAUGUAACAUCCUGGUAAAUCUCUUUUGAAGCCUCGCUAGCUUAAUGAUACGCUUCCUGUAACACGGAGACCAGAACUGGACACAAUAAUCCAGAAGAGACUUCACCAAUGUCCUGUACAACCUCAACAUAACGUCCCAACUCUUAUACUCAAAAGGUAUAGAGUGUGUGUAUAUAGCGUAUUAUGUAAUAUGUAUCAAAGUUUCUUGCAGAAAGGAAUUCAUUAUCAUGUUCACCUCAAUUUGGAGACUCAUUAUAGUGAAAUGUGACUCUGUCUUCCUUUUCCAAUUUAUCCAAUAACUCCUACCACCUAGUCCCUCUCCGCAUUCUGACCACACAUGCCCCUGGCCCCAUCCUUUCCCAUAGUCUCCCAAUCCAGCCCAUCCUCCACAUCUCCCAGCCCACCAUCUCCCACCACCGUAGAGCAACAUGUACCCUGAUCGAAGUUGAGCUUCUUAAUUAACGAUCCAACUGCCAAGUCUUUCAGUGUCCACCAGCUCACUGUUGACAUCCAAAUCAUUGAGGUCACUGAACAUCACAUUGGACGUCUUUUGCUCUCUUACUCUCUCCAUCUCUCUUUCUCCAUUUCUUCUUCUUUCUCUUGUGUUCUCUCUCUCUGCAUCUCCCUCUCUAGCUCUUGCUCUCUCUUUCUCUUUCCAUUUUGACAACAGGGCAGCCUAGGCUCUCUUAUCUCAGCCUAGGAUAUUUUUCUGACACAGGCUCUGAAGCACAACCUCCCUCAACUCAAUAAGGAGGUGGAGUGGGAGAGGCUGGUGUCUUGUACACUAAUAGUUGGGUGAAUGUUAGCCAGCAUGUACUCGCAAGCAAGGAAUCAUGGAUUGGCUUUGUGGACUUUUAGAAAAUGCAAUUACCUUGGACAUCUGUCUCUGUUAAUUGAAAAACAAAGAAGAGGUUGCCUGUGGGCAGUGCAAUGGUUAGCACUGCUGCGUCAUAGUGCCAGGGACCCAGGUUCGAUUCCAGCCUCGAACCACUGUCUAUGUGGAGUUGGCACAUUCUCCCUGUGUCUGCAUGGGUUUCCUGUGGGUGCUUUGGUUUCCACUCACAGCCCAAAGAUGUGCAGGUUAAAUGAAUUGGCCACGCUAAAUUGCCCGUAGUGUUCAGGAAUGUGUAGGUUAAGUGAAUUAGACAGAGGUAAAUACAGGAUAAUAGGGUAGGGGAAAUGGAUCUGGGUGGGUUACUCUUCGGAGUGUUGGUGUGAACUUGUUGGGCCGAAGGGCCUGUUUCCACACAUUCUACAAAUUCUCCAACCCGUCAUACCGAAAUAAGAUAUACAACUGAUAUCUCGAGUGGCAAUAAGCCAGUCCAGGCAGCACAUAGUUUUCUUUCAAUUGGGUGCUGCUGGCUCUGACUUAACACUGUAUUUGUUUCAAGCGAAUUUUGGCCAGAAGAAUCCAUAUUGUCUUCAGCCUAACAAUUUGGCAAGUUCCAAAUGACUAAAGUAAACAGAAGACUUUAGUGCUAUCCAUCCAUCUCAGUUCUGAAGGAAAGUCAUACCGGGCUCGAAACGCUAACUCCAUUUCUCUCUCCAUGGAUGCCAGAUCUGCUGACUUUCUCCGGCAUUCUCUGUGUUUCAGAAUUCCAGAAUCUGCCAGGUUUACCCUUUAUUUGCUUGUCCAUCUGACCCACCCAAGAGCUGAUAAAAAUUCUGAGGUGGCUGUGGUCACUGAGAUCCGUUCUCCUGUUUAUCUGUUUUAUUUUACCCCUCUUCUGUUUAUCUACUGUGGGAUCAGUCAUCUAUUCUAACCUGUCCUGAUCAUAUGUCUAUUAGCUUUAUAACAAACAAAACUGUUACUUCUUAA